AAUUCGUAAAAGAAAGCGGACGAAAUGUCCAAAAUGGCCGCGCGUGCGCUACAGAACCGGCGUAUACCCUGAAACCGGUUCCCGACGUUUACCUUGACUGUGGCUGCAAAUCAUCCACACAGUUGUCGUUAGAUCGUUGCGCGUGUGAUUACUCGUAUCUCGGCCUCGAAAGUUUGGAAAGUCCUGAGUGUCCGUCCGGCAGCACGAUGUUUCUAAACAUUUGGACAUGCUCGAUAAUAUGCCUGCUGGUAGCCGCGACCAUCAUCGGCGGAGUUAUUUUGCUUCUACUGCUCCUGCGGGUCUACAUUUACCUCAGUACCGGGGUCUGCAAGAGCAAGGUCAGCAUGAAGGGCAAAACCGUGUUGAUAACCGGCUGUACGUCGGGCAUCGGCCGCGAAACCGCCAGGAAUCUCGUAAAACGCGGCGCCAGGCUUAUCAUGGCCUGUAGGAACGUCGAAGCGGCCAACAAGCUCAAAGAUGAGCUAAUAAAGGAGAGCGAUAACCAGGAAAUUGUCGUACAUAAGCUAGACCUAUCGUCCCUAGAGUCGGUGCGAGACUUUGUUAAGCAAGUGAAUAACGAAGAGAAACGGUUAGACGUACUGAUACACAAUGCUGGUACAGCAGAAACUUUCAGUAAGAAGAUUAGCAUCGACGGCAUCGAGAUGACCAUGGCCACGAAUCACUACGGCCCCUUUUUAUUGACGCAUCUUCUGAUUGAUUUGUUAAAACGCUCAGCUCCAAGUCGCAUAGUCGUGGUGGCGUCAAGCCUGUACCGAUUGGCUAACCUCAACUUGGAUAAUAUUAACCCAACAAUGACGUUUCCGGCAUACCUUUACUACGUAUCCAAGUACGCCAACAUCAUGUUCACUCUAGAGCUCGCCCGUCGUCUUGAGGGAACUGGUGUUACCGCUAACUGUCUGCAUCCGGGAAUGAUCGAUAGUGGCAUCUGGCGUAAUGUUCCAGCACCGCUAUCCUGGGGACUCCAAGUAAUUGUCAAAAGCUUCUUCAAGACACCCGAACAAGGCGCUCAGACCAGCAUCCAGUUGGCCGUCUCCGAACAUCUCAAGAACACCACUGGAAAGUACUUCUCCGACUGUCAGGAAAGUAGUUUAUCCUCGGGAGUCAGCGAUGCAGCCAAAUGUAAAAAGUUCUGGGAGCUCAGUGAAAACAUUGUUAAAUUGCAAUCUACCGACCCGAAAAUAUAGUGUUUCUUAAUCAAAGAAUAAUAUACAAUAUAUUUCACGUUACAUAUGAUAAUAGAUAUAUUUUGUUAUUUUUCAUAUUUGUUGUCUUUAUAGAAUAGCUUUAUGGCAUUGCGCAUAAUUAUUUAGUUUU